AUGGAUCCGUACUACGUGCUGAUUCUCGGCACUCCACUUGUUGUUCAGCUGAAGAUCAAUCUGACACUGACCAUAGCCAUAGCCCUUGAGCGAACGCUGGCUCUCUUAUUUCCUGUCACCUAUCGCAAAUUUCCGGCGUCCAAAUAUGCGAUGUACUGCCUGUUAAUCGGCUGCCUACUGGGAACUGUUGACCUCGUUGUGCAUUUCGUUCUCACUCCGUUUCAUAGAUCACCUCAAUGUGGAGCUUUCGGAUGCUUCAUUAGCAAAGAGUUUCGGUACUACAUGGGAAAUAGCAAUAUGGUGAUGGGCUUUGUGGUGAUCAUACUGGUAACCUUCCUUAUUGUCAAGCUUCAUUUGAUGCAAAGACGUUCAGAAAUGAGGCGAAUCAGUCAACCAUCUGUCAAGGAGUCAAGCAUGUUCACACAGGCCAAUCGCACUUCUGCCGGAAUUCUCCUGACUUCGCUGAUGUUCGUUACAAUUCCAAGUGUUGGUGUCGGUUUCGUGGAAAUGCUCGGUUACUCCAUAUUCCGGGCCGUUGGCCCAUUCUACUCUGUUGGUCUGCUUUGUGCAGGUGCACGGGACUAA